AUGCUGGUGGUUGGUGGCCCCUUGUUCUGCCUUCUCCUCCUCCUGCUCCUGGGCCCCCAGAGCCCUGAGGGGGCCCAGCCUCCUCAGAGAAGGUUUGAAUAUAAGCUCAGCUUCAAAGGACCAAGACUGGCGCUGCCUGGGGCUGGAAUACCCUUCUGGAGUCAUCAUGGAGAUGCCAUACUGGGCCUGGAAGAGGUGCGGCUGGCCCCAUCCGUGCAGAACCGCAGCGGCGCCGUGUGGAGCAGGGUCCCCGUCCUCCUCUCUGCCUGGGAGGUGGAGGUGCAGAUGAGGGUGACCGGGCCGGGGCGCCGGGGAGCCCAGGGCGUGGCCGUGUGGUACACCCGGGGCAGGGGCCAAGUAGGCUCUGUCCUGGAGGGGCCGGCCUCAUGGGACGGCAUCGGGAUCCUCUUUGACUCCUCGGCCCAGGAUACCCAGAACAGCACUGCCGUCAGCGUGCUGGCCAGCGAUGGGCACACUCACUACGAGCCGCCUGGGGACAGAGCCAGCGGGGUGCUGGGCUCCUGCCACCGGGACUCCCGCAACCUGCCGUACCCCUUCAGAGCACGGAUCACCUACUAGGGGCAGAGGCUGCGCGGGUCUUUGAACAGCGGCCUCACUCCCAACGACCUAGAUGAGGUCUGCAUUGACACGGGGCCCCUGCUUUUGGCUCCUGGAGGUUUCUUUGGGGUCUCGGCAGCCACCAGCACCCUGGCAGAUGACCAUGACAUCCUGUCCUUCCUGACCUUCAGUCUGAGUGAGCCGGGUCUGAAGGUGAUGCCAGCCCCCUUUCUGGAGAUGGAGGAGCUCCGGCUGGCGAGGCAGCUGGAAGGGCUUCAGGCAAAGCUGGCCCUGGGCCCCAGGAAGGAUGCGAUUCCACAGCCGAGCUCCAAAGUCCAGGAAGAGGGGGAAAGAAGCUUUGGCCUGGAGGAGAUGCUGGGCAGACACCGCCAAAUCCUGCAAGCUCUCCAGGGUCUGUCCAAACAAUUGGCCCAGGCUGAGAGGCAAUGGAAGAAACAGCUGGGGUCCCCAGGCCACGCCAGGCCUAUGGGAGCCUGGGACUCUGCCAAGGUCAGCGCCCUGCUCCAUGGACAGAGGACUCUGCUCCAGGACCUGCAAGAGAUGAGGGAUGCAGCUGCCCACGUGGCCUCAAGAGCCCAGCUCUUCUAUCUGCCUGUGGGCACCAAGCAUCAUUUCUUAGAGCUGGCCCAGAUCCUGAGCCUUCUGCAGAAGGACCUUCAGGGCCCACUGGAAGCAGCAACCAAGAAGCCCCGCCCACCUGGCCAACCCCCAGGGGCCCUCAUGCCUGCGCCCUCCUCAUGCCUGCGGCCCAGCAUCUUCUUGUUCUUCCUCCUCAUUCAGACUAUAGGCUUCUUCUGUUACGUGCACUUCAGUAGGCAGGAGCUGGACAAGAGCCUUUGGGACUGUUUGCCCAUAGGCAGCCCUCUGUGUCCUGCACCACGCAUCCCUGGGGCCCUGGGGCUUCUGAGGAGGCAGCCUCUCUCCCCCAGCAUGCGUGCAUGACUCACCUGA